AUGUCCCGACCGCAGCUCUUCGUUCCCCAGCCGGGGCAAUCAGGACCGUCCAAUUCGCUACCUUCGGGAUGGCAAUCCGUUUCGCAAGGACCUCCUGGACCGUUUGAUCAAUUCAGUGGACCGCCAGGAUACCGUCCACCGGCAGGCGGAGCAGGGAUGCAGCAGCAGCAGCAGCAACCGGGAUUCGGCUUCAGUCCGCUACCUGGACCUCCCGGCGGAAUCGGCGGAGGUGGCGGAGGUGGCGGAUUCGGGUUCGGGGGACCUGCGCCUGGCGGGGGACCCAUGGGUCCGCCGGGAAUGAUGGGAGGACCGGGGGGAGGAGCGGAUGCGGGUCAUAACCCGCUAAACGGCAUGCUCGCGGGGGCUGGGUCAGGGUUCAUUCGGUCGGGCCUGGGUGCUUAUGGCGAGCGGCUACUAGGGAGCAGUCGCGCCUACGUUCAAAACAACGUGGGCAAAUACUUCGCAUCCACUGACUUCCACUACUACUUCCAUGUCAACGAUGCCUACGUGCGCAACAAACUCAAGAUCAUCGUCUUCCCAUUCCUACACAAGGGCCACUGGACGCGGGUGGCGGAGCAGGUGGCCGGGGGGCUGACCUACAAGCCGCCAUGCAAUGACAUCAACGCUCCGGACCUCUACAUCCCUGCCAUGGCCUUCGCCACCUAUGUGGUGCUCGCUGGACUCUCUGCUGGGCUGUUGGGCAGGUUUGCUCCGGCAUUUGUGAAUGCACGUGUUGGCAAGGGUUUAAUCGGGUGGUUUCUGGAGGUGCUGCUGCUUCGGACGAUACUAUAUUCAUUGGCAUCAGGCGAUGCUCCAUUGCUCGACCUCGUGGCAUACGCUGGCUACAUGUUUGUUGGCAUCUCCCUGACAAGCCUCUCGUGGGUGGUGUGGCGGAUGGCCUACUUUCCGGUUUUGAUUUGGACAAGCUUGUGCAUGGCAAUGUUUAUUGUGAAGACAAUGAAGCGGGUGAUGUUCGCUGAGACCCGGCACUACGACCCUCCCAUUUCCCCUGCUCGUGGGAGUUCGAAACUUCAAAAUCCCGUCUGCUGUGGUCUGGUGUCUGUUUCCCGAAUUUGUCAGUUCAAGAGCCGGCCGGUGUCCUGUGCUCGAUCGUUUCCUCGGCUGGUAACCAUGGCUGACGACGAGGACGAGCAGCUGCAACGGGCCUUUCGCAUGAGCUUAACGAGUCAUCCUCCAGCAGUCGGCUCUCCGCGAAACCCUCAGACCACCAGCAGCGGUAUCAAUUCCCCGUCCACCGGCGGAUUGAAUAGCAGUCCUGACCAUUGCCGCCCAUCCGCGAAGCGCAGCAAAUCUGAGGAUGAAGGAUCGGAUCCUGGACAAGCGGGAGGGGGUGGUGGUGGCUAUAGCGGGGGUUCUUAUAGCGGUCGCGUGGUAGCGCGACCCGAGACGGCGGAGGAGCGAGAGAGGCGGAUACAGCGGGAGAUUCGAGCAGCAGCCGCGGAACGACGAAUGGCUGCUUUAGGAAAGCCCAGUGCAGAAUCGGCCAAAAUCGGAUCAGCCGUAGCCUUCUCGGGAGCUCCAGCUGUUCCCGCCUCGAGCCGUCCUCAGAGCACUUCUGUCAGGCCCGAUCCACGUGUAGAUAAUGCUUCUACGAGCGUUUCUGUUCCUGCUAAUCCCAUCCCGCCACGUGUCCACGAUGUUGAUAUGCCGGAUCAGGCAUGUGAUUCGCGGGCAGAGCAGACUAGCGGAAAAGUGUCAGUUGAAGGCAAGGCAGGAAACGUGAGAGUUCAAGGAGCCGGAGAAGCGAGUACAGGAGGGAAAACUACAGAGGGAAGCGCAACCGAAGCUGGGGGAUCGCAAUCGAACUUGGUUGUACCUGAGGGAUCUGGCAUUGGGGGGUCUGGGAGUGGUCGUACGGCGGGUGGUGAGGAGGUUGUGGUGGGUGGAGAGGGGUGGAGGGAGGCGGAGAGGCGUUGGGAAGCUGAGCAGGGGUUGGCGGAGUUGCCACUGGACGACGCGUUUCGGCUGUUCGACAUGGUGUUUGGGCGGAACCCUCCUGCUGCUACCCUCUCGCAGUGGUCCCGACAGGGCUUCAGGUUCAGUGACGACCCAGCGACCUCGCUAGGGUUGGUGCAGAGGGAAGGCGGGCCGUGCGGUGUGCUGGCGCCGGUGCAGGCUCUGCUGCUCAAAUACCUCCUCUUCCCCCCCAUGCCCGCGCACCCCGCGGAUUCCGCCCCGCCUUCCGCGUCCGCCGCCCUUGCUGCUGGUGGUGCUGCUGCUGGGGGGACGAGUGCUGGGCAGCAGGGGGGGCAGGCGGGGGAGGGGAGGAAGGGGAACGAAAGAGGAUGGGAAGAGGAUGAUAUGGGGUUCUAUGACUCGAUGCCAGGCCUGGAUGUGCAAGGUAGAGUGCACCCUAGAGCGUCUGCUGUUGCUGCUACUGCCGCUACUGGUGGUGCUACUGGUGGUGGUGUGGCAGGCACUGUCGCUGGCGCUGCCUCUGGUAUGGCUGCUGUGGCAGCAGGAGAGGGAGAGGGAGAGGGAGAGGGAGAGGGUUCAGGCGACUCUGCAGCGCUGCCAGGCUUGGAAGCUGUGAGGGACGGAGACGGGGAGGGGGGAGAAGAUGAAGAGGCAGGGGAAGCAACGACGCUGAUCUUCUCACAGGUUGAGAGACGAAGGGCGUUGGUGCUGGCAAUGGCAGAGUCGUUAUGGGUGCCGAGCAGGGGGCAGAGAGUCGUCAUUGCUGCCGUAUCACCACACAGGCUGGCGUCUUUGGCUACUUCAGCCUCUCAACAACCGCUGACCAGCCCAAUCAGCGACGCGACAGCGCUCCAAGGAGCAGUCAGAGUGCGACACCUGGCGGGGGCAUCGCAUGCUGACGUGGCGAAGGCGCUUCACCGGCUGUUCCCAGUGUUUGAGAGCGACUUUGGCGCGCUGCUGCUGCUCUUCUCCGUGCUGCUCUCCAGAGGACUUGAGCGAGUUCAAGAGGACAGGGACGACCCUGAACCACCGCUUGUAACACGCCCAUUCGGGCACGCCUCACAGGAGAUUGUGAACCUGCUGCUGUGCGGUGAGGCAGUGGCGAACGUGUUUGAUGGUACCAUGGACUUGGGAGGGGGCAUGGCGCUCAAAGGCAUUCCCUCAGAGGCUCAAGUCGGCUUCCUCACACUCCUUGAGUCCCUCAACCUCUGCAAGGUCGGGCAGCGGUUGAAACAUCCCAAGCUGCCCAUCUGGGUAGUGGGCAGCGAAUCGCACUAUACGGUGCUCUUUGCGCUUUCGACUGAGGUUCAGGAGGAGAACGAUGCAGAAGCGGAUGAGUCGUGGGUCCGAGAGGUGUUUGAUCGGUUUGAUACCAGCGGGGGAGGGGGGUUUGUUGCUGUGGAGUCGCUACAGCCCAUGCUGGCUGAGCUGAGGGUAAAUUUUCCUCCGGAAACAAUAGACUCGCUUUCGGCGCUGGGGGUGAUUGUGUGGAACGAGCUGUGGCAGGCUCUUCUGAAGCUCGACCGAUCCCAGGGGGGGUUCAAGAGGGAGGGGUCGAGUGGGGGGAGACCCACCAGCAGGAAGUUUGACUUGUAUCACUUCAAUGGGAUUGCGAAGCGGGUGCAGACAGGAAGCAGCACUCCAGCAACAGCAGGAGGAGCUUCUGGAGGAAAUGGAGCAGUAGAUAUGUCGUAUGGCGGUAUGGAUGUGCCGCAACGUGUGCUAUCACCACCGUUGACCGCGAUGGGCUAUCAACGGCCGAGAUUAGUCCGGCUUCAUGUGACCGUGCCGCCGAAAUGGUCGCCGGAAGAUCUGAUGGUGAUACCAAUGCCGGAUGGCAGUGGGGUGGAUGAAAUUCCUGCUGAGGUGGUGGCAGACUCGUUUGACUCUAGUGCCAAUCCUAUGCAGCGUGCUUCGCGUGAAGCUCCCCUUGUGGAUUGUAUCCGCACUCGGUGGCAGCGAGCGUCGUGCACAUGGGUGGGUGAUGCGCCAUCUAUUGUGUAG